GGAGCUGCCGGCAGCACCAGGAGCCAGGAUCGGGCACUCCCUGCCUGUGGUGGCAAGGAGAAAAGGAUACAUCCUGCACGGGACUGUGCGCUGUGGGCAGACAUGGAGCUGGAUGUGGAACGGGCCAAGGAGCUCAGAGCAGAGGAGGAGGAAGAGGAGAAGAGACCCAAAGGGAAUGGUGCAUGGGAGCCGCCGGCUGUGGAGCGGAUGAACACACCUGAGCUGGAGGAGGAGAAACGCCAUGGCCCCAGGAACUGGGGCCUCGAGGCCAUCAAGGGCCAGGAGAGGGUGCGGAAGAGUUCCGUGGAUCUGCGGCGAGAGAUCAUCGAUGUGGGGAGCAUCCAACGACUCAUUGAACUCCGCAAGCAGCGUCGGCAGCGCCAGGCAGAGCGGGCGGCCACCCCCGAGCCCCCCCAGCCACCUGAACCCCUGGAGAUUGUGGGUCCUGUGGAGCCAGAGACCUUCCUGCGAGCCGCCGUUCAGGGCAAGAUGCAUGUCAUCGAGAAGUUCCUGGCAGAUGGUGGCCCCGCUGACACGUGUGAUGAGUUCCACCGCACAGCCCUGCACCGCUCCUCGCUGGAGGGACACAUGGAUAUCCUGCAGAAGCUGCUGGACAGUGGGGCCACAGUUGACUUGAGGGACCGGCUGGACUGCACUGCCAUGCACUGGGCCUGCCGGGGCGGGCACCUGGACGCUGUCAAGCUGCUGCAAGAUCGUGGGGCAGACCUCAAUGUGAAGGACAAGCUGCUCAGCACACCCCUCCAUGUUGCCACCCGGACCGGACACCUUGACAUCGUGGAGCACCUCAUCCACUGUGGGGUGGAUAUCAAUGCCCCAGACAGGGAAGGGGACACUGCGCUGCAUGAUGCUACACGGCUCAGUCGCUACAAGAUCAUCAAAAAGCUGAUCCUGCAUGGGGCUGACAUGAUGGCCAAGAAUGAGGCUGGCAAGACCCCGACAGACCUGGUGCAGCAGUGGCAGCUGGACACGCGCCAGGCACUGGAGACCAAGGAGCAGCCACAGGGGGAGAUGGAGGUCCCUGCAUGAUGGCACCAGG